AUGAAAAUAACCUUGGUUGUAUGUUUAAUAUUUGUCAGCAGUGAACUCGUGAAAUGUGCUGAUAUCCUAGCUGUCAUACCGUCCCCAUUCUUCAGUCAUCAGGCUACCUUCAGACCACUAUGGCGAGAACUUGCCAAAAAAGGCCACAAAAUCACGCUUAUCACCACAAACCCUAUGGAGAACAAUGAAAACAUCACCCAGAUAGAUUACAGCGGAACUUACGAUCAUCUGGCCAUCGGAAGUCUGUUAAAGAACGACGACAAUCUUUUCCAACUUUUCAUAAAGAAGCUCUCAAACGGGAUCGACGACAUGCUGGAGUACCAAUUCUCCCAUCCCGGUCUUGCUGAACUCAUAAAAAAGAGGGACAAAUUCGAUCUCAUGAUAGUGGAACUCAUCAUUCCUGGCUGGCCCUUGUUGAGCACGAAAUUCAAAUGUCCCUUUAUAGGUUUGAGCACCAUGGAUGGUUAUCCAUCGAUGCACGAAGCCGUUGGUAAUGCUGUCCAUCCCGUUAUUUAUCCCUUCACAGAUUUGGGGAUCGGAGAAGAUCCAUCAUUCGUAGAAAGACUUCAAAGUGUUGCCUUUUCCGUGAUAGGUGAUUUGCUGUUCAAGAGAGUUAUGGCAUACGUUGGUACGAAAUAUGCCAGGAAAUACAUCGAUAAAGACCUCCCAGAAUCUCAAGAAGUACAGGCUAAAGUAGACAUGAUCUUCAUCAAUGCAAACCCCGUAUUUUUCCCGCCAAGACCUAUCACGCCGGUUACUAUCAAUUUAGGAGGAGGUCUACAUUUGGCGGAGCCCAAAAAAUUGCCGGAGGUGAGGAAAUUAUAA